UUCUUGUGUUUAGUUUCACUGCCACACUAUGUCUAAACGCUUCAAGAUAAAAUUUACAAUACCUUCUUUUCAAAUGUGUCGCUCUGAUGAUCUUUCCUCUUUUCCGGGAAAUCCUGUUCCGGCAAUAUACCGUCUUUCUCCGGUGAACUCCAAAGCACAUGACAUAGGCUACCCUGACAUCCAUGAUACGUCACCGGAACAACAAUGCAAGGUGUCUUCAAAGACCAAGAAAGUGAAAUCCAAAGGCCGAAAAAGUACAUCUGAUGUUCCAUCGAGAAAGAGUGAGUUUCUAAUGGAUAAAAUCAAUGAAGAAGAAAGUGAAAGUUUGAUUUCUUGCUUGUCAAGAUUCUCUGAAGACCAUAAGGUACAUUCUUCGAGUUCAUCCGGUACUAUGGAUAGUGAAGUUAGAUCCGGUCCAAAUUAUGAUAAUAAAACACAUUUAAUAGGUACGGAUAGAAGGUCGAUAUGUAGUGUUAAGAAGGUUGAGAGAGUGAGGUUUCAAAGUACGAUAGAGAAUCGAAGAGGAGUAGAAACAAAGGUUAUGUCAAGUAGAAUGGAGGAGAAGGUAAGAGAAAGCUUUGCUUUGGUGAAAAAAUCAAAGGAUCCUUAUGAAGACUUCAAGAAGUCAAUGCUAGAGAUGAUAGAAGAGAUGGAAAUGUAUGAGGCUAAGGACUUGGAACAACUAUUGCAGUGUUUUUUGGCCUUGAAUUCUAGGGAUUAUCAUGGAGUAAUUGUGAGAGCUUUCAUGGAGAUUUGGCAACAAAUGUUUGUUUGGAAUCCUAAGUCAACUAAAAAUCUUCAAACAAAUGUUCAAAGUACGGACGUAGAAAAGUAGAUUACAAAUAAUCUUAACAAGUUUUGUUUGUUUUUUUCUUUUUGAUAUCUUAUGUUUGUGUGAGAUAUAGACUUGUAUGGGUCUGCAUUAGUGUAUUGGAUUGUUUCUUA